GUCAUAUAUAGGCGGCGAACUGCGGUUUUAAGUUUCAGUGUUUCUGCUCAUCAAGUGGGAUGGUAGUCAAGGUGGACAACAGCAAAUACAAUCCUAUUUAAUAGGUCAGGUAUUUUGGGAAUAUGUCUACGACGCACCACGUGCGUAAUGACGGGUAUGCCUCGAAAUUGAAGAAUUAAGGUGUCGAGACUUUCUGAAAGGAAAGAGAGCAUCUCCGAGUAGGUUAUCCUGAGGGGGGGCUGUGGAUAGGAUUUCUCACAUCGACACCGGCACAUCGUGCGCGCCUGUGUCACCACCGGAAGGAUCUCCAAGUCCAUGGAUAAAAAGGAACAGAAGGUACCAGAAUGGUUGUUGUGGGAGCGAGUAACGGAACUUUCGGUAGUAGCAACAUGAGGUCGUCGAUUAUGAUAGAGGACCGAGCCGGUGGUGAAGAUCCUGGCGGCUACACCAACAUCAUGAUCUCGGGGGCUCUUGUGCCCAAGCUGCUGAACAUUGCGCAGGGCGCCGCAGAGGCUGCAGUGGCAGCAGCGACGUCUCCGUCCACCUCCAGUCAGCUGCAGGUCAUGGAGACGAACGGGACCCGGUGCGGCGAGCAGAUCCUGAGCUACGGCCAGGUGGAGAAAGUCCUGAUCGGGGGGGUCCUCACCAUGCUCACGCUGUCCACCAUCUGCGGGAACUUACUGGUGGUCAUCUCCGUGUGCUUUGUCAAGAAGCUGCGCCAGCCGUCCAACUAUUUGAUCGUUUCUCUGGCCGUGGCGGACCUGUCAGUGGCGCUGGCCGUGAUGCCGUUCGUCAGUAUCACGGACCUGAUUGGUGGCCAGUGGAUAUUCGGACAGUUCUUCUGUAACGUUUUUAUUGCUAUGGAUGUGAUGUGCUGCACCGCGUCCAUCAUGACCCUGUGCGUAAUCAGCAUUGACAGAUAUUUAGGUAUCACAAAACCACUUACGUAUCCUGUUCGGCAAAAUGGCUGCUGCAUGGCCAAGAUGAUCCUGUCAGUGUGGCUCCUUUCUGCCUCCAUCACGCUUCCCCCUCUGUUUGGCUGGGCACAGAAUGUCAACGAUGGCAGAGUCUGCCUCAUCAGCCAGGAUUUUGGCUACACCGUCUACUCUACGGCUGUAGCGUUCUACAUCCCCAUGUCAGUGAUGUUGAUCAUGUACUACCGGAUUUACAGAGCAGCCAAACUCAGUGCAGCUAAGCACACCAUCACUGGCUUCCCCAGGGAAGGGGAGCACGGUGCAGGGGUGGCUCCACGAGGGGGGAGAGGAGGGCGGGAGGUUCACCUUCCAGCAGAAUCAGGAGAAACAGGAAGUGUCGAAGGAACGGAGGUUGAACAGGAAGAGGAAGCUGAGGAGGAGAGCUUGGACUGUGUGGCAGCCGCGUUGAAGCUCCAGCGUGAGGUGGAAGAGGAGUGCAGCACACGUGUCUCCCGCCUCCUCAAGACUGGUGAACACCACCAGCGGCGGAAGAGGAAAAACCAGUCCAUCUUCAAACGGGAGCAGAAAGCUGCAGCCACUCUGGGCAUUGUGGUCGGUGCCUUCACCUUCUGCUGGCUGCCAUUUUUCUUAGUGUCCACCGCCAGGCCAUUUGUCUGCGGUGUGGAGUGCAGCUGCGUGCCGCUCUGGUUGGAGAGAACUCUGUUGUGGCUCGGCUAUGCCAACUCCCUCAUUAAUCCCUUCAUUUAUGCAUUUUUCAACCGUGAUCUGAGGACCACCUACAGUAACCUCCUGCGGUGCCGCUACAGGAACAUCAACCGGAAGCUGUCAGCGGCUGGCAUGCAUGAGGCCCUGAAACUGGUGGAAAAGCCAGACACUGAUGUGUAAAGCUCCCGGUCUGCCUGUCAGUAACUGACAGAGAAAACACCCAGGGGCAAUGGCACAGACCCCCACACUGCCACACUGAUGAUUUCACCUAAGUUGUACCAUUAUUGCUGAGAUCAGAAGAGACAAGGUGCUGUGAUUAAAUGGAAGCACACGAAGCUCCACAGCCUAAAUCUUUUCUUUUGUGGAUGGAGAAAAACUGUGUGGAAGUUCAACCCAGUGGUAAUUAACUCAGUAGUGACUGCUGCUGUAGAUCACCACACCAUGGUGAAGUCCACUAGUUGUAGUUGGAUGCUGACUCGGUGCAUUCAUAACCGGAUACUGCGCUGCUGGACAGUCUUUUGCAAAUGACAUCAUCAUAGAAAGUGAAGGAUCUAAUCACUGACUUUGUACUUGGUCACCACCAUGGAUAGAAAUCAGUCUGAGCCAAGGAAAACAAAAAUGGACAAGUUUUUGGAGUUGACUAAAAGGUCAAUGUAUUCACCUUGGGUCCCUGUUCAUAAUAGUGACACUGUUUUUCACUGCUUCUACAGUUUUUCUUCAGAUGGACAUGACUCAUAACAAGUAACAAGACCAGGUUAUGAUUAAAACUUAUAUGACGUGUAAAAAUCAUUGCACACAAGUGAAUAUUCACAGAUUCCCUAGUUCAGAGGUCACAACGGCUCCUUCUGAUGAUCUGUUUAGCAGAGAAGUUGGAGGUUUUGUUUGUAUCACUACAUGUAUGUGUUGAAUGUGCCAAAACCUGAAGUCAUGACCACUUCAUUGUUGAAAAAACAGUUAUUGAUCACCCGCUUUUUUAACCAGAUAGAUCACAUAUGAACAGACAAGCACUGAAGAUCUAGUAUAGUACAUGAUGGCACAAGGCGACAAGCUGGAGAUAUAGACGCAAAGAGAAACAUGAUUAUUUAGGACACUUUGAAUGUGCUUCUGCCUUUCCCUCAGUUUUUGUCAAAGGUUUGUUUGCGACACACCAGAGUCUCAGUUCAAACUGUUCACCUUGUGUUUUCGACUGUCAGCUGCUUGGCACAAUAACCAGCACCUGUCACACACCUUUGAGUGGUGCACAACGUUCAUCUAACUGAGCACCACCCACUUCAGGUGAGUGAUAAGGGCAAGGACCAAUCAUAAAUACAGAGCAAGCUCUUGUGAAAUAACUGCACUGUUCACAGUUUGGAAGAAAACCUUUCAUGCAUCAGGUUAUAGGUUUUCAGAAAACAAUUAACUGGUUAUUCAAAAGCAUUGUCGGUCUUUUUUGAUUGGUUAUUUAAUCAACUAAGGAACAAGUAUUAUAUCUUUCCCCCUUCUACUUUUAUCGAGCCUGAUCACAGACACUAAUUACAGACACAAUUGUCUCUUGGGCUUUAAUCAAGGCUGAGGCUUGUAAGGAGAAAAGGAGAGAUGAUAGCAGGUAUUUCACUGCUGUUUUCAAGCACCUCUCAUAGAGAUGAACAGUCAGCUCAGAGCUCCGCUGGGGACGUGCCAGAGCAUGUGCACUGGACACGUACACGUAUGUGCACACUCAAAGUCCAUGCCAUACUUUGUGUGCAAGAAUGAAGCUUUAAUGUGUGUGCUCAUUGUAGUACCCUGAACAUGACAGCCCCCAGUGCUUAGACCUGUAGUUCUGGCAGCAUGCUUUUUUAAUACUGUACAUGGAUUUGUAGCAUUGAGGUGUUAAUUCUUCUUUCUUCCUAUAAGACUGCAGUUUUUGUGUUCUCAGUACUCCACUAAUGUGUGAUGGCCUUUCCACUACCCUGCCGGUAUUAGUACAGUCUGUGCUGCUGAACAUUUGUCCUCAUCAACUUGAAUCUGAACAGCAACCGAGAAGGAGCAACACAGGGUGGUUAGUUGGUUUCAGAAGAAUCUCUUUCCACUGAGGAAGUGUGAACGCUGUGGUUAAAACUGCCUCUUUUCUUUUUCUAAUCAUUAACUAAAGCUGUGCAAGAUUUUUUUUUUACUACAAAAAGGCAAUCACCAUCUGGGACUACAGCAGGUCCCGUAAAUGUACCCGGUCAGCAAAUGAAAUAGUGGCACUGGCUUUGAUCGAUGAUCCAUUUAAGUUACAAACUGAAGAACAACGCCCUGAGUGUCCACUAAACAACACAAAGUUCAUCCAGAGAACCCUUUUUUAAAAUCUAAUUUUGCAUCAGACUGGGGUUGUAACCGAGCAGGACAUGUGGGUGCAAAAGUUCCUCAAAUUGUUGUGGAAACCUGGGGUCAUGAGCUUGUGAAUGUGCCUGAAGGAAGCUGGGCUGAAGGGGGUGAAGGCAUCUUCUGUCGUCAUAGUCCAUGGUUCUGUGUGUUCAUGCCUUCAGCCUUGUACCUGGAGGAAUUAGUUCAUUUUGGGGGCUGUGAGCUAAAACGGUUGAGGACCACUGAACUGUACUCGUUCUGGGCAGUGUGCCACUGGCACGACUCCAUUCCCUGUCGUAAAAUAUAUGGAGAGUGGAUGCAGUGGAUAUGUUUCCAAGGGAGCAUCCAAACCAGAGGGUGCCCAGAACCUCCGAGGAGAACAGUGUUAUACAUACAGUACUGUAUACAUCCAUCACAGAAACUAAUGAAGUUUAUUACGUUUAUGACGUUAUUACCAACGGGACAGUGGAUGAAUAUGAGUUUUCUCAGUGCUCGUCUGUUUUCUUUUUGAGGUGGAAACCAGAUGAGUAUAGUCAUGAUCAUUACAAACAAAAACCAAGAACUAAGUGCAGCAUGUUUCAUAUCUGACAGAGCAUUUCAGACCAUACACAUGGCUUUCAGGUGACAUUAGUGGCCAGGCACAAGCUGCAUCGCUGAGAGGGGAUGACAGCAGAGGGGAGAUGUUUUAAAGCUAAAUUAGAGGUAAAAGCGUAUCUAACUGUCCACUGCAUCUCGGCUUCAGACAGCCUGACAAGUGUGACUAAAUGUGCCCUGCCAUUAAAAAGAACAGAGUGGAAAAGCUUUUCUCUGCAGCUGCACUUUCCUGGCUGAGCAGCCGCUGAAGCACUGCAGUGGUCAGAGAAAUGCGUCUGGGCAAAGUGGCCAGCUCCACUGAUAAUGGAGCCCAGUAACACUAUCUUCUUUACACUAUCUUCAUUACCUGUUAUCUAAUUUUAUGUACAUGGAUUAUGUUUUCACAGCUAAUUCAGAGGACACGAAUGAUGGUGCAGGUCCAAGCUGCAGAGGCCGUUAAGAUAAAACUGGAAUGCCUGUAAAAUCUUGCUAUAGUUUAAAGAUGAAACUGUGAAAAGUGCAUUUGACUGAUUUUAUAAUAAUUUAUUAAUAUCAGGUCUCAAGAUAAAUCUAAGAUGUUAUAAAAUGAAGGCAGAAUAAAACACUUCUUUUUUAUUUAAUAAUUUGACAUACUUUCUGUUUUAUUAUAUAAUACCACAGACCCAACUGAUGUCAAACAAAAGGUGUUAAAGGUUUGCUUCCUCAAUAUUCUCUAUGUGAGAAAGCUGACUUAAAAUACUCCAAAGAAUUAAAGGUAAAACACAAUAAAUAAAUAAAAAAUCACAAUAUUUUUAAAGGUUGAUGAAAGGAAUUUAAAUAUUCUGCCAGAACUGAGAUACUUUCCAUCCUCGAUGACCACUGACUUAAAAAUAAAGCUGCACUAGUCACUAUAGAACCAGAAAUGACUGGCAUUUAGAGUUUUGUGCCAGUGGAUGCUCAGCGUGUUGAGGAUGCCUAAACUGCAGUUGUGCCGUUCCAGCGGAUUUAAUCAGUUCUUUGUAAAUGUGCUGUACCAAAGGGGAUGUUCUUUCCUGGGAUUACACACACAGUACCACACCGAUCUUGGACUGCCAGCAGAAACACAGUACACACAACAAGGAACAGUCCUAGGGGGUAGUAUUGCUCUUAUGUGCAGUUUAUGUGUAUUGUUUAUUGUACAUGUGAAGAAUACUGUACAUACAACAGAGUGAGUACACCCCCGGUCAGUCACUAAAAUCUAUAAACCUUUAUUUUUAAUGACAGAUUUGAUCACCCUGACAAGGAUGACACCAGUCUUGUCAAACUCUGUGGUUGGAUGUUGUGUCAUUCAUCAGAGACGUGGCUUUGCUGUUCAGUGUUCUACUUUAAAAUGCUUCAGCAGUGUUGUAUUGAAUUCAAGUCAGCCUCUGCUCCUUCUGUCAUCCUACACCUCCCAACCACUGCUUCAGCUGUCUCCACUCAUGUUAUGAUGUCCCCUUUUCAUCUUUAUGAAGUGUCACAGUUUGGUUUCCUGGUGUUCACAGGUUCUUUUAUAACCCUGUCAUACAAUUAGCCUUAAUUGGAAAUUACAGGUGCAAUCACCUGCUCACAGGUGUACUCACUUUUGUUGCACUGAGUCUAUCUAUGGUGUCUGUA